AUGGCGUCAGCCGAGUUUUUAGAGCAGGCUUUGUCCACAGACGUUGAUGAGAACGCAGUCAACGCCAUCGUAGGCUCGCUCGAAAACCAGUUAGUUACGUCCGUGUCCUCGGUAUCGUCACAAAACAACUUAGUGAAUGUGAAUCCAAGUCAUCUAGGGUGUAUCUCUUCGUCUGCAAGUUCUAUUAUUGGCGUUCAAAAAUACAACACAGAUCAAAUCAGUGGUGUGGAGAGUGGAAACUAUCAAUCUGUUAACAGUGUUGCCGCUAAUGUGUCGUUUAAUGUGCCUGGCUCUGGUCAAACUGUUUUACCGCAUAGUAUAACUGGAUCAGUUGCGAGUUCGAACGAAGCACUAAAAGUAAUAUACUCACAAACUCCACAAAAUCUGCCAAAUUCAGCUAAUCGUGUGACUUUCCCGACUCAGUCAAUCGCGAACGGUUGCAUAGGACUCGGAUCACAAAACCAAAUAGUGGUACCACAAUCUGCCAACAAAAUACUUACUAUGCAACCACCUUUGGUGAUAAAACAGGGGACUACAACUGGCCAAGUAGGCAUUCAACCAGGCAUGGUGACUGUUCCGAUGACUGUGAAUUCUAAUAUGCCUACGUCUAUACCCAAUGUAAUGACUAUCAAUAAGCCUGGACCACAGAAUGUAGUAGUGACCACACAAAAUAUAGGCUCGGCACAGCCUACUAUAAUUCCAAAUGUUCAGAUACUGAACAUGAGGCCUGGUGCUCCUGCGGCUGUUAGUGCUCAAAAGUCUGUGGCAACUGUGUCGCCACGAGUUGUCAUCGGGGCACCGCAAGUGGUUGGAGCAAGGCAGGCAGCACCUGGAAUAACGCUCCAAACUCUGCAGAGUCUUCAACCGGGGCAGCAGGGUCAUUUGUUGUUAAAGACUGAGAACGGUCAAUACCAGCUCCUGAGGGUGGGCCCCGCGCCCGCGGCCAGCACUCUCACGGCGCCACAGGGUCAAACCAUCCGGUUAUCGACCGUGCCGGCACAUCCCGGUGUGGCAACUGUAUCUACCAGUGUGGCGUCACCGGGUCAGUUACCACCGCAACUACCGCAGGGCCCCGUGGCCACUCCGGUUGUUGCUUCAGUAGCAUCUGCUACGACUACGCCUCAAGCACCCACGGUAACCACACAGAAACCGUCGGAUAAUACAAAAGAGAAAUGCAGGAAUUUUUUAGCCAAUCUCCUGGAUCUGUCCAGUAAAGAGCCGAAAUCUGUUGAGCAAAAUGUUCGUAAUCUUAUACAGGAACUCAUUGAUGCUCAAGUAGAGCCAGAAGAAUUCUGUGACAGACUAGAACGUUUGCUAAAUGCCAGUCCACAACCUUGCUUAAUUGGGUUCUUAAAGAAAAGUUUGCCUCUUUUGAGACAAUCUCUAGUCACGAGAGAGCUCAUUAUAGAGGGUAUCAAUCCUCCCGCCCCUCAUGUGGCGUUCUCCACGAUGCCUUCGCCUGUGCAACCAGUCCUUACUUCUGCCAACAUGCAAAUGGACUUCAGCGAUGACGAAGACUCGUCGAGUCCGACUCUGACGACUCUUCUGCCACCGGUGCUGCCUGUAUCAUUAGCACCUCCUAUCGUAGCCCCGCACAAAACCAUUAAUGUUGUACCGGCGCAGCCCACAACCACGGCGCAGCCAAAAACAACGAAAUCCGGUACGAUAGCGGUUCUCCAGAAUAUUCCGGUACAAACAAAAAUCAACGUAAGCAAAGUCAGCAGCGGCAAGCCCAUGACGGUGAACAAUAAGGCUAACUUUCCUCGGCCUUCAGCGCCCUCAGCUGCUCUGUCCACGGUCCUCACUCCCGGAAAGUCUUUACUGAAGGAGAAAGAAAAGAAAUCAAUGCAGUACUCAUCGCAGCCGUUUGCCGACGAUAAGAUGACCGGAGAUGAUGACAUAAACGACGUUGCUGCUAUGGGCGGUGUUAACUUGGCAGAGGAAACCCAGCGAAUUCUUGGUUCUACUGAAAUGAUAGGCACCCAAAUCAGAUCGUGCAAGGACGAGUACGUAAUACCAAUGAGCCUAAUGCAGUCCCGGCUAAGGGCUGCUGCUGCCAAGCACGAUCUAGAAGAACCAUCAGCAGAAGUCGCAGGGUUAAUCAGCCACGCAGUUCACGAGAGACUUAAAAAUCUAGUAGAGAAACUGGCUGUCGUAGCCCAGCAUAGAAUCGAUCUCAUUAAGACUGAUUCCCGUUAUGAAGUCAGUCAAGAUGUAAAAGGACAACUAAAAUUCCUCGAAGAACUCGAUCGCGUUGACAAAAAGCGACGAGAGGAUUCCGAGAGGGAGAUGCUUCUUCGUGCAGCCAAAUCCAGAUCUAAGACUGAGGACCCUGAACAAGCUAAGCUGAAGGCUAAAGCCAAAGAAAUGCAAAGAGCUGAACUGGAAGAGCUCCGUCAAAGAGAAGCAAACUUGACUGCGCUACAAGCCAUUGGACCUCGCAAAAAGUCUAGAUUAGAUGGGCCAGGAGGAUCUGGAGAUUCUGUAUCAAGUGGAAGCAAUCAUGGAGCAAGUGGUUUUACGAGCCGCAGUCAGAUGGCACUACGGACGCGGUUGAAGCGCAUCAACCACCGUGACAUGAUGUUCCUCCUAGAGCAGGAGCGCGAUACUGCGCACUCGCACUUGCUCUUCCGCAGCUAUCUUAAGUGACCCAGCACCGAAAAGGUUAUCUUCAUCUGUAAACACAAAGGAAAAUUGGUUGGUGCAGUAACCUAGCCCGUUCCAGGCGGUACUCAGCCCUAAAGCAAGCAUUACCUUCGACGAGAAGAUUAUACAAUACUGCUUAAGUGCUUAGUAUCGUCUACAAAUGUCAAAGACAGUGCAAUAUAGACACAACAGGUCAUGUUUAGUUAAUUAGUGUUGUCGUACUCCAGUAAGUAAUAAUUUACUUUUAUAGUUUAGAUGUUUGUGUGGUAAUGUACAAAAUGAUUCGGUGUACUAUGAUUCAAUUAAAUUAACUGUUGAACAUUGCGAAGUUGGUUAAUUAAUGUAUAAGUGUGCUAAUAUUAACGUAAUCACUUAUAUUUGUUUUUUUUUUCAGAGAAACCUAGUUUUCGGGCCCUUUACGGGUCCUAUGCUCAAGGCUCACUUACUUUUUAUGUUUACUUUUUCUCAAUAUCCAUUUGACUGACUUAGUUUGUUUCAAGAGUUGCAAUAAAGUAAAUUGUUUAUUAUUUUGAAUCAAUAUUUACGGAACGUGUAAGUAAAACAUAUCGCCGAUAAAUGGGAAUAUUUCCUAACAGUGGAAAUAUGCAAUUUUCUUUUAGUAAUAUGAAAAAGUAUCUGAAAUAGUAAGUUAAUUUACGUGUUUAAGUAUUGAAAGUUUACUCUAGGGAUGAUGGACUAUCUUGCUGCCCCUUAUUUUCUCAUCUACCUACAAAAAUAUUGAAAAUCAAAAUGGAAAAGACUAACAUAAUAUGUGUAAGGCCAAGUAUUAAAUGAGAAAUGGUCACAAGCAAGCUAUUAAAGUAAAGAAUGGGUGUUUAUGGUCACAAACAUAAAAAAACCUGGUUCUUUAAUUUUAAUACCUUGCCUAUUUGUGACUACGAUUCAAAUUACAUAAAUGCCAAACGGACGAGCAAUAAAAUCUGGUAUCCAAAUAAAAUUAAAACUCUUUUAGUUCUUUCGUCUAAAAGUGAAAUUUGUUUGAAUCAAUGAAUGCAUAAUUGAUUUUGCAUUGUAUGAAUAUAUGAAUUGCUAAACCUACCUAUUAUUUCCGACUUUCCCUAUCAUAUUCCGUAACUGGGUGGCUGUAGGGUUGAAUAGCAAUACAGUUAGUUAAUUAUGACUUGCUAUCCCAUUAGGACCACAACGCAAUAGAUAUGGAAGAGUGAAGGCAAUAACUUUUUCGUGCAAAUAAAAAAUAUUUAGUUAUUAUUUACGAUCAUGGUCAUCUGAAAUUUUAUCAAAUUGCUUUAUUUGUUAUUUUGACUUUUGUCUGAUCGGUUUGUUUUCAAAAACAUUUUAAACGUAACAUGUAAGGUGUCCAUAAUGUCAGUAUUAAUUUGGGAUUUCUAAUAAUUUAUUAAUAAUACCUUUUGCUGUAAUUAUUAUAAAAAUCCCUAAAUUCUUGAAAUCAUAAUCAUUUACUUACUGAAAUCACAACAGCGUGAUUUUACUUGUGCACAUACCGCGGUGGUUUAGACUCAUAGCAUUGGUAUACGGCGGCUGACAUAAUCAUCGUUAUGGCUGCGGUUGCGGGAUUGGGCAGUUGUGGCAUGCGCCUUUGUGUACGUACUCCAGUGUCUGUUCUAAAAAAAUAUUCAAUCAUCAGCUUACUCGCUCGAACGAAUAACAACUAAAGAAUUCUCCUGUCGGCUUCCUUCUCGAAGUUGUGCUUACCAAGCAAGAGUAACUCCACCUAAGAUUACAGGUCUCGGGGUCACGUGUGCAUUGAACAUAACUUUCGUUUUGUCCAAGUUCAUCUUACACUGUGAAGAAUCGUUCAGUAUCUAUAACAAUAUCAUCUGCAAACCGAAGGUGUGAGAUGUACUGCCCGUUGAUGUUGAUCCCCGUUCCCUCCCACUCGAGCACCUUGAAGACGUCCUCCAACGUGUUAGUGAACAGUUUCGGAGAGAUGACAUCUCCCUGUCUCACUCCACGACGCAGUUUAUUGGUCUUAUGCUCUGUCCUUGUACUUGGACGGUCAUCGUCGCUAUAGCGUAAAGAUUUUUAUCUCGAAGUAACGGCAUUUUAUCUGACAUCUCUGCAAGGAGUCCAGAACAGCCCAGAUCUCGAUGGUGUCGAACGCUUUUUCCUAAUCCACAUAAGCCAGGAACAAGAAUCGGUUAUAUUCUUCGGUCUUCUGAAUAAUUUGUCUCAAGGUAUGUAUGUGGUCUAUAAUACUUGAAGCCUUUUCGAAAUCCAGUCUGUUCCGUCGGCUGAAAAUCAUCGAAUUUUCGGUCAAGACGAUUCGUGAUAAUGCUCGAACAGCUUAUGUGCAUGACUCAAGGUCGACAUGAGUCGAUAGAUUUUCAGAAAGGUCUUGUCCCCCUUUUUAAAAGCAGGACCACCGCGCUCCAGCUCCAUGUCUCCGGUAUAGUGCCAGUGUUGAGAACGGAGUUGAAAUUAAUAAAAUAGAUCGGCCAGCUUUAAUGAGUGCUAUCCUAAUCUCGCUCACGUCGAUGUCAUGAUGACGUGAUGAAAGACCCAUCUUUUCUGGGCAUGUAAGUCCGCAUAAAAUUUUUCUACUUCCGCGAGUACUUCUGGUUUAGAGGUGACCGUGUUUCCCUGAGAUGUUGUCAGCUUUUCAGGUGACAAGUAAAGAUUGAAGAUUUUGCGAAGACUAUGAAUCUUUGUUAUUUUGUAUGGCUUCAUGAAUAUAUAAUCUUUGCAUUGUAUAGGCGGAUGUUAUGCCGUAUACAUUUCUUUACCUCUUUGUCAAGUAUCUGACGUUCUAGUGCGGUAGCAUUAACAGCUUCACGUCUUUCCCUCAUUACUUCGCGGGAGAGCUUCGACUUUCGUCCAUUGCUCGUUUGUCGAAAGUGCUUAUAUCCUACAUCGCGGAUGUGCCUCAUCAAGUUAUUAGUGGCGUCGUUGACUUCAUCAGGGGUUUCCAGUAACGCAAAACGAUUCUGCAGGUCUAUUUGAAACUUUUCGGUUCCAACUUCCGUCUGGAGUAGUGUUGGCCGAAGAGUCGACCUCAUCAAAGGCGCUCGUUCGAGUCUAAUGUUAAUAUUCAGAGUGUCUCAUAUCAUUCGGUGUUCACUACUUGUAUUGAACCUAUUGACCACUGAGGCAUCUCUGAACAUAUAUCGCUUGUUAGUUAAGAUGAAGUCGAUCUCAUUUUUCGUCCUCUCAUAAGAGCUCCGCCACGUCCCCUUUCUUUGGGGCUUCUUUUUGAAAAAGGAAUUCAUCAUGAAGAGCCCUAACCUACCUAAUAAAGUAAUCUGACCUCGUCCUGCCGCAGCGUGCGUCCAUUAUACGUAGCCAGAUUCAGUUGACUGCAGUUGGCAGCCCUCCGUAGCCCGAGGAUUCUUAGCACCAACCCGCCCCCCCUGCCGUUACCGUGACCGCCACCGCAAUGACCAGAAAUAACGAAGCUAUCGAGAACUGGGGGCCAUUUUGACGUUGUAGUGCUGCUCAUUUAGGGGUAAUGCCCUAAUCACCGCGCUGGACAGGCGUGUUGGUGACCGCAGUUGGAAACUUAUUUCGGCGAUAAUGCUGCGGCCCAUUAUAGUUUACUACGUUCGUUGACUAACAGGAUGCACCACGAACAGGUGAGGUUAGUCAAUCUCCCCUGUUUGGUUGGUUAGUCAACAGUCGUUCGGGAGCCUAUAGGGAUGGUAGUCAAUAUCCCCAUUGCAACCCAAAAAUGUUUUUUUUUUAUAUAAUCUAAUUAAAUUAAUCUAAUCUCUUAAUUGUCUACUUAUUUCAAUUUGUCCAUUAUUGUAUAAUUUUAUUUUAUUUAUAAGCAUGACAUUGUACAAUACAAUGUUUUUUUAAAAAUAAACUAGUAAUAGCUACAUACUGUUACGUUAUAGGACACUGCGUGUUUGAAACGUAGACAAAACAAUCUGCAUUGUGCUAGCUGUCGCACAGCGUCCCCUCCCGCGUGUCCAACCACGCCUGUUGCGUCGCAACCCGACUCGGAACAAUCGAGUUGUAUUUUUUUGUUACUUAAUUGCAAUAUUUUGAUCUAUACAACACACAAAUAACACAUAAUGAACACAUAGACAAGUAUUUACGUAGUUUAUUCUAUUUUAUUUACGACACACACAUCCAAGGUCCUUACUUACCUUAUGUUGCUUUUUUUCUUGUUUUGUAUUUCUUAUUUUGGUUUUUAAUUACUUUUAUUUUGCUUUGUCUGUCUGUCUGUGAGUAUUUUUAAUCCAUUGCUUGUAUCUAUGUGUUGUGGUGUUGCAAUAAAUGUCUGUUCUAUUCUUACUGAAUUCGAAGCAAUGGAUCGGGAUCACGACACCGCAGUCACUCUGUAUAAACACAUUUAGGCAAUUAUCUCGCAGUGGGUUAUAUUUUGUUAAUACUAGAAAUAUCAAAAAGAUACCAAUUAUGUAGUCGAUAUAUAACAAAUAAUUCUACCCACAAGUUUAAAUAACUAUGGUCUCCCAAUAUAGCAUAAAAUGAAUGUCCACAUUUAUGAGUAGAAUCUGUCUUGAACAGUUGCAAAUGUUCUUUAUCAUUUAUCAGCACGUCCCGAAUUUAAAAAAAACUGAUUUUUACUUACUACUUUACUUUUUACGAAAUUGAGUAAACUAGUUAUUUAUGUAUAAUAAUAACGAAAUAUUGUUGAAACUAUAGAAACGACAGAAACCUUGUCGAAAUUGGUUAUCAUUCUCUUUGCACUUUGUAUGAAAUAAACUUUGAUUGUACAUAAUUAGCAUAAACUUGCAGAAUUCUUAUACACUGUAACAUAGCCCUAUACUGGUUAUCAAAAUUGUACAUAAGUGUUAUAUUAUAAUGUUAGCUAAUAUUAUAGAUAUUGAGAAUGAACAAUUAGGCCUGACCCAAAUAUAUAAAAAUUACAACAAUAAGUCAAUACUUACAUAGUGUUUAUAACGAAUUUCAGCUUUUUAGCUCGAUGUCGAGUUUUGAUUAGGUGACAUGCCAGAAGAUUUGGUGGAAUUGUGUAGCCUGUGCCCGAUGUCACUGGAGUCUUAAUGACAUAAGUGAAAUUUGUACAGCUUAAACACUGUUCACGAAAAGUAUAAUAGCUAAUAAGUUACUAUAAUUUACAUUUUACGCAUGCAGCUGUUCAAUAUUGCGUAGAAUCUUAACUGCUCAACUCCCAUUACAAGCGUGUAGCUAAGGUUAUAAUAUAUGUAUUGUUUUUCCCAAAUGAUAAAAAGUGUUGUUAAGUUUUACUAAUUACGCUGUGGAGGCACAUAUAUAGGAUUUUAUUGCUAAUAUUUCUUCGCCCUAUUUGAACAAAGAUAUUUAUGGCCUUUGGUUUAUUUUGUAGCGAAACAUUCCAUAAUUAACUUAAAGGCUAGCAAGGUUUUUGGACCCUGUCAUCAUGGCGAUAAAACAGAUUUUAUGUGACUAUUCACAAAGCUCUCAAUUAACUUGUAUAAAUAUCUUAAACAUUCACAUUUUUUCCCAAAUAAAGUACAGUCAGGGUGAAAUCGCCUGAACAGAUUGUUAACUUAUUACCCAUCCAGAUGAAUUGGUUGGUGAAACUCAUUAUUGAAAACUUUUGUUCGGUCAUUGUAAUUGCGUGCUUUUAAAUAUUACGCAAACUUACAGGGAUAAUAAUUAUUCAUGUUAAUAUACUGUACUGUAAAUUAGUUCUUGUUCUGUUAAGUGCAUAUUAUACUUUGAUAGCUGGGAAACAGUUGCUAGUGGUUUUGCCAAAUACAUUUUGUCUGUAAAUUCCUCCUUUUCAAAUCGAUAAUCGAGUUGUGUUUAACGGGAGUUAAGCAAAACCCUACAUUAAAUAUAGUAACCCCUUUCUGAAAAUAAUACAUCGAAGAGGUAGAUGAUGUUUUUUACUCCAUUUUGGCGCAUUUAUACCGGCUCGUCUACCAUCUUCGGCAGACUACUUCGUGCUGCCGAAGGCGAGUCGCCUGCCGCCUUCUUUUUGUCGCGGGGCCACAGCCUUGGACUUGUUGAAACCUGUUCGGUCUACAGUCUGUCGUUUUCCGAAGGCGACCGUGAUCCCCAUAGCGUUUACACUCAGUUGCUUCGGGCAACUUCGGCCACGAACUAAUGUCGUCAGACGACUCUCUAUUUCCACCCGGUAGCUUGCCGAUCGUCGUCGCACAC